ACUCCUAUUCACAAAGUUGUAACACGCUCACUCUCACUCCACCAACGGAUAAAAACAAUUAUCUAACAUGGGGAUACGGAUUUACUGCGCACUGACUAAAAUGCCAUCAGAAGUAAAUUAUCCCCAACUCCAACUUAACACAAAUCGUGCCAGUCAUUUCCGACAAUCCUCUGGUCCUUUUUCGUCCAUCUGAAUUCCCACCUUCAUUUCUUUCACUCCUUUCCAACCACAGUCCUGAACCGACGAAAUCCACUGUUAGAGAGAAGGCGAGAGAGAGAGAGAGACUCUCUGUGCGUGCGUGCGUGUGUCUAAGCGAAAAUGGACCCUAAUAACAACGGGGCUGAGGCGGCGAGGUGGGUGAGCAUAGCGGAGAGGCUCCUCAUCGCACGUGACUUGCACGGUGCCAAGUCCUUCGCGAUCCGGGCGCGUGACUCCGACCCGAGUAUCCGGAUCGAGUUCGCUGACCAAAUAAUCGCCGUGGCCGAUACCCUUAUAGCCGGCGAGACCCGGACUAUCAGAGACCAGCACGACUGGUACGCCAUCCUGCAACUCGCCCCGCUGACUCACAGCCUCGACCUCAUCGCCACCCAGUACCGGCGGCUUGCACUCCUCCUCCACCCGGAAAGGAACCGUAUCGCCUACGCUGAUUAUGCUUUCAGGCUCGUCUGCGAUGCGUGGUCCGUCCUGUCCAACCCUUCUAAGAAAGCCGAUUACGAUAACGCGCUGAGUGUGAACUCCGCCUCCGGAUCGACUCAGCCACCUCACCAUAAAGAGCUGCAAGAACCACCUAUGAGAAGAAGCCCUCGAACCAAGGACGGAAAAGCGGUAGUUGAGGAAGAUGGGCCGAGUUUCAACAACGUUACCGAGUCAACUCGUCAGCCUCGGCCUACUGCUGAACCCGCUCGACAGAAAGAGUCGACCCGGAAGACUCUUCCGACUGAGCCGGGAUCCCCGAAUUUCUGGACGGCGUGUCCGUACUGCUACGUUCUAUAUGAGUACCCUAGGGUUUACGAGGAUUGUACUCUUCGGUGCCAGGACUGUAAGAGGGCGUUCCAUGCGGUGAUGAUACCAUCACCGCCGGUGACGGACAAAGACACUUACUUCUGCUGCUGGGCGUUCUUCCCGCUGGGAUUUUCUGUUAAUGCUAAAGACACGAGCGGGUCAUCGAAAUGGACGCCCAUAUCGUCAAUGUUCGCUUGUCCUGUUCAAGCAAGUGGAUCAAACCGAAACGUUUCGAAACGGAACAGUGGGCCAUGGGUUUAUUACGACGACGACGAAGCGUUACAGGAAAUCUCUGAAUCGAGUGAGGAUUCUGACGAUGAGUGGGGGAGUGAUAGGAGGAAGAGAAAGGCGAAGAAAAGAGCCUCCACGAGCGCAAAUGUGAAGAAACUGCAGAAUGACAGAGUAAAGAAGGGACAGCCCAAUGUGGGCAUUGGUGAAAAUUUGGAUUCUUCCAGGGCUGAUUCGAGUAAGAGAGCGACUGCUGCGGGAGGUGCGAGGAAGAGGGGCACGACGGAGUUGGGGAAAUUGGAUUUGAAUGUGGAGUUUAGUAAUGAGGCGGAGGAGGCCGCGCGGGGGAUUAGUGCAGGGAAUGGGGAGGAGGAUAACAUAGAAGGGAUUGGGUUUUUUGAGGGUCUUGAUGAGUUCUUGAGUAGCUUGCCGAUUCUUAAAGGCUAAAAAGGGUUACUUGGUGAAGUAAGACUCGAUCCUUUUCUUGUUGCUGUUCUUGUUUUGUACGAUUAUAUUAAGCGGAGCUGCUGUGCAUUUUGUCAGAUGUGUAUCGUUUAGCCAAUCUUUUAUAUAAUUCCACAGCAGUUUGCUCCCAGUCUGUUUCGUAACUGCUAUAAGGAGGAUUGUUUCCUCCCCUGUGAUUAGCCUCUUGUGUAAGACUCGAUGACCGAGUUUUUAGUAAAGUUUGGUAACAGCGGUGCCCAUGAAGAGGACCAGGUUGGUCGGAACCUUUAUUAUCGUCUCUUCAAUAGCUUUAUGUUAAAGUUCCUUGAGACGAUACUCUAAAUAAACACUAAUUAACUUCUAGUUUUUAUUA